ACACAUAAACCCCUUUGGUUUCCAAUAAGCUUUACUGCAAAUAAACAAACAAACAAAUGAAAAAAAUAUAAGACCUCCCUCAUGCCCUUGACAGAGUAUGGGGAAGAAGUAGCCGCCACCCUCUUUUCUCAUCAUCUUUCCUUCAUACCCAUAUCAGAGGAUGUUGCGUACAAAGCAAAUUGGUGUUCUCUCCCAGUCAGCCAGGUCUUUUUUCCUCAGUGGGACAAGAUGUAGCGCGGAUGGGGGUUCAUGCACGUGUUCAGAAGAUGAAGCUUGCACUUCUAGAAGGCAAAUCACUGCUGCAAAUGGAGCCCGACAUCCACAAACAGCAUCUUCCUUGGUGCCCAAAGCUUCCCCUAGAGUAUUGACUUCUGGUAAAACUGAGUCCAAGAUAGUUGACCAUCCAGCUUAUCACCCAUCAAAGUCAACAUCUUUGGCAAAACCUGAUUGUGUAAGUUAUGCUGAUGAUAUAGACACGAUGCAGCCGUCUGGUAUUACUACUGGUCAUUUUGUCAGAGCUGGGAUGGCAGCUGUCAACUUUUUAAAUGAUGUGGUUAGUUAUAAGAUUCCUAUGACUGAAGGGAGUUCAUUUGUUGACUCAAAUCAGAACUACGUGGUUGAAAAGGCCCGUCCAGCAACCGCUAAAACCUACAAGAAGGUUGAAGUAGGGACGACGACUUCAACUAACACCGCCAAUUCAUCAAACAUGAAAACUUACAAAAAGGUUGAAUCACAUACAUCUGCCCCAACAAGACCGAAUGCUAAAAUCUCUUCAAAUGUCAGUAAAGGCAGAUCAGAGAAGUACUCCUCAGGUAAAAGUCAAAAUUACAACGUGGUCAAAGGGGCAUCUAAAAAGUCAAAAGAUUGUGUAAACCACUUCAUGGUUGGUCAGCGUGCUCCAGAGUUCCGUACAGCCGAAAUGAUGUCUGUAAAAGAAACCCGGGGAGUAUCAACAAAGUCCGUUUCUCAAACAGGUCGUCAGUUUUCGGGUUCGGCUCAUAUGGUGGAGAGCGUUGGUCAGAUAUUGAGACAGCUGAAGUGGGGUCCUGCAGCUGAAGAGGCAUUAUGGACCCUCAACUGCUCUCUAGAUGCAUAUCAAGCGAACCAAGUACUCAAACAGCUUCAAGAUUCUUCUAUAGCUCUUAGCUUUUUCUAUUGGUUAAAAAGGCAGCCCGGAUUCAAGCAUGAUGGUCAUACUUACACAACCAUGGUUGGCAUAUUGGGUAGGUCCAAGCAGUUUGCGGCGAUUAACAAGCUACUUGAUCAAAUGGUUCAAGAUGGGCACCCUCCAAAUGUGGUGACAUAUAAUCGUCUCAUUCAUAGCUAUGGACGGGCUAAUUUCCUCAACAAAUCUCUUGAUGUUUUUGAUCAGAUGCAAAGAGAAGGUAUCGAACCAGACCGGGUCACGUAUUGUACCCUCAUUGACAUUCAUGCAAAAGCGGGAUAUCUUGAUGUAGCCAUGAGCAUGUAUCAGAGAAUGCAAGAAGCUGGGCUUUCACCAGAUACGUUCACUUUCAGUGUUAUAAUUAAUUGCCUGGGAAAAGCAGGUCACUUGGAUGCAGCCCUGAAACUGUUCUAUGAGAUGGUUGGUCAGGGGUGCGUUCCAAAUUUGGUAACUUAUAACAUCAUGAUUGCUUUACAGGCGAAAGCAAGAAACUACCCGACUGCAUUACAGCUUUAUCGUGAUAUGCAAAAUGCGGGCUUUGAGCCUGAUAAAGUGACUUACAGUAUAGUUAUGGAGGUUCUUGGUCACUGUGGGUAUCUUGAAGAAGCCGAAGCUAUUUUUGAAGAGAUGACCCGGAAAAACUGGAUCCCAGAUGAACCUGUUUAUGGGCUUCUAGUGGAUUUGUGGGGAAAAUCAGGAAAUGUUGAAAAGGCGUGGAGUUGGUAUCAGGCCAUGCUUAAUGCUGGUUUGCUUCCUAAUGUGCCUACAUGUAAUUCAUUGUUAAGUGCUUUUCUUCGGGUACAUAGGCUUUCAGAUGCAUAUAAUUUAGUACAGGGUAUGCGCAGUUUAGGAUUAAACCCUUCUUUACAGACUUACACGUUGUUGCUUAGUUGUUGUACAGAGGCGCAGACAUCUUUUGACAUGAUGUUUUGUUGCGAGCUGAUGGGAGUCACGGGCCACCCAGCCCAUGCUUUUCUACGGUCAAUGCCAUCCGCAGGACCUGAUGGGCAAAAUGUUAGAGAACAUGCCGGUUUGUUCUUGGAUCUUAUGCACAGUGAGGAUAGAGAGAGUAAGAGGGGGUUGGUUGAUGCAGUAGUGGAUUUUUUACACAAGUCGGGUCUCAAGGAGGAAGCAGGCUCGGUUUGGGAGGUUGCAGCCCAGAAAAACGUGUACCCAGAUGCGGUUCGUGAGAAAAGCUCGUGUUAUUGGCUUAUAAACCUUCAUGUGAUGUCUGAAGGGACUGCGGUGACUGCAUUAUCAAGAACAUUGGCAUGGUUUCGUAGAGAGAUGUUAUCAUCAGGUGUUUGUCCAAGUAGGAUUGAUAUAGUGACGGGUUGGGGGAGGAGGAGUCGGGUCACAGGGACCUCAUUAGUUAGACAAUCUGUGCAGGAGUUGCUCAACAUUUUUCGGUUCCCAUUUUUCACAGAAAAUGGGAACUCAGGGUGCUUUGUAGGCUGUGGUGAGCCGCUUAGUCAGUGGCUGGAUCAGUCUUAUGUCGAACGUAUGCAUUUACUAUAGGGUUGGCCGAGGUUUACAAUAAUAACAAUUUUGAUUAAUUGAUUGUGAUAAGGUGGUUUCCAUUCAUCAUGGGUUCUGGAGAAUUUGCUCAAGAACAUAGGGCUCUGAUAUCAAGAGUUUUUGCAGUGUUAGCGGUAGCAGUGAUGGUGGAUUAUUUCUCUCUUUUAUUAUAUGUAUCUAUGAUCAAGAAACAAAAUCAAACAUUAUUAUCAAUCAUAAUUAUUGUGGAUUA